AUUGUUUCACUAGCAUCUUUUCCUCAGAAACUGCUCCCUGGCAGGGCUGGUCCCCAGCUGCCUCAAAACUGCAAGCUGGACGCAACAUGUGUCUCCUUCGAACUGGCUGGCUGCUGUCUCCAGGCCUGGCCGGCGGGCCCACCAACUCUACUUCCUUCUCAGGAGGGUCGGGAGGAAAGGAGCUCCAAGUGACCUCCAGCAUGCGCAAGGCAUCCUCAAAGGCAAAUUCACGCUUAAGUUCCAGCAACAGCCAGCGAUAGCAGAAGAAGAGGUCGUCAGCACCCCAAGAGAGAAGGUAGGAAUAGAACGCUGGGUCUGAGUGGUGGAGGAGAAGCUUGAGGUGGGAGAACUUAACCGACAUGACUUCACCAUCCACCUGGAAAUUGCCCUCCAGACGUUUCAUGAUGCCACAGAAGCAGAUGAAGGCAUGAGCUUCAUUGUCCAUUACAGCCAGAAUAGGGGAGGCAAUGUCGCUCAUGCCUUGACAAUAGGAGAUUUGUGGGUGUGUGACGGCAUAGGUGGUCAAGAGGUCAUGCAGGGCUGUCAAGUGGGGAUUAUCAUCUGAGCCUGCGUAGUACGGAUGAGUACGAUCUGUUCGCAGAACAUCCUUAAGCACGUUGCUGCGAAUAAAAUCCAAGUCCUCAGGGCUGGCUCGUGCUUCCCAUUCCCCCUUCAACUGCUCGUACUCACGUGUCUUCUGCUUCAUGUAAUCCAUGCGCUCCUGACCAGUCAACCCAUCAGGAUACACAUUUAGCAAAUAUCUCCAAACCACCUGCAGGAAACAAGAAUGACUCAACACUGAACAGCUUUUCCCAUCAAUGGCAACAAGCUGAAGGAUCAACUACAGAAAUACACCCCAUCCUCAUAGCAGCAGGCAUGCACACCUGCAAUGGUCAAGACAAUAUAGUCUAAGAAUGUGGGCAAAGGAGAAGAUGCCUUGCCCACUAAAUACCACCCAUCUCUCAGGAUAGAAUACUGGCCUCCAGAAUUCCCAUUCUCACCUUGCGCAGUGAGGGCUCAACUCCACCGUGGAAGAUUCGGAGACGCAGUUCUGCAGGCCUUGUCAGCUGCCCUUCGCGGUUCAGAUAUGUGUGGAACUCUGAGUCACUCAGCGGCGGCUUGAAAGGUUUAACGUCCUCACCAUAGGACCAGCUGAGUGCUUGUUGGACCUUUGAGAGUGUCCUGCCCACCUGGCAAGAGAUAAAAGGAAAGCUGACAUCAGAAUGUGACCUGUACCCAAGAGGCAGGACAAGAACAUGAUCUCAGUAACCUAAAGCAAAAAGCACCAGAACAUGCCCACUAUCCUGUUGAUGAUAUGUGGAAUCUUAGGAGCACGUGCAGAGUGGAAAGCAGGUGUCCUGGAGAAUACUGGCAUCGAGCCCAUCCCCACAAAUGCUUGGAUCUGUUAUCAGGACCCAGAGGUGGAGAUGGCCUGUCAAUUUCCAGGGUUACUAAGUAAUGCUUCCAGGAGAGAACAGUUGGAAAAAGAUAUCCUCCAUCAGCUACCUGUCUCACAGAGUGCAGCUUGUGAGGAGUCACGAUUAAUUAAAUGCACCAAAGGUCCCCAGAAGCAGCAAGUUCAUUUUUCAUUUUUGCUAUGAUUCUUCUGUUGAUACCAAGAUUUCUUGCACCCCACGAUUUGGUGAAAUGUCCCAAGGCAGCGACAUGAUACAUGAAGAAUUUUGCAACAUUUUAUGGAUUUCUAUGGUCACUUGGGGGGAGGGAUCACCUUUACACUUCCAAAUUUUUAUGGCAAGUGCCAAGAAAAGAAGAACCACUGAUGAACAACUGGCUCUUGUCCUGAUUUCAUCAAAAGGGCAAGAAUAUCCCAGAACUAUAACGCACUGGAAGAGGUUCAAUGGCCUUAUGGAUGUGACCAAAAUACAUACUGUUGGUCCUCCAGACUGGAUAAUGCCAAUCCAGGAAAAGUACUGCCAUUAUGGACAACAUCAUAUUCCUUUUAAGUCAAUAGGUUAUGUUUCUAUUAUUGAGAAAUAUAGCACACCAGGGUCUUAUAGGUUGGAAGUAGGUUUGUCAUUUAAGAAAAUCAUAAUAUUGAAUCCUCUUAUUGAAAAAGUAAAUGAAUUAAGCCAUUUGAGAAGCCCUCUUGUUGGAUCUCAUGUGAUUAAAUUAAACCACCCCCAGCAAUUAUUGAUAAAACCAGGGACUGCACUUAAGGAAGUGGUAGUCUCACUUGAGAAAUUAAAUAUUGCAAAGGAAUUCCCUGUCUGUGCAUCCUAUUUAGAGAUGAGCAAUAGGGUUAAUUUGGGUUAAAUUAUGGGAUGGAGUGAAUGGGAAGAGAAAUAAGCGGGAUUUGUCAGGGUGGCUGGGAACUGGAGCUGCAUUUCUAGAUGCUACCAAUAUUGAAAUAUUAGCCAACAAAUUGCAUUAUACCACUGAAGAAAUAAGUAAAAUGACAGAACCUAUCAACAGGGCGCUGGAUAAGGCUACCGAAACUCCUAAAAUUAUAGCAAGCUUACUCCCAAUGUGGGAACAGGGAAUGGAAAAAGAUAAUCAUGACAUGGUAAACACGAUGCAGUCCUUACAACAGAAUAUUUCCUUGGCCAUUACAUGCACCCAAAUGCAGAAUUGGGCCCAUACAGUGGCUUUGGAACUUAUUCACAUGACAGAUAGUGGGUUCAUACCCAGGGAAAUUAGGUCCUUAAUUCGACAUCAGGUGUCCAAGGGGGAAAGAAAAUUGGAAGAUUGGUGGAGCCUUGUCAAUGCCACAUAUGAUAGGCAAAAUCAUGCAUUAAGAUUGUUUAUUGUAAUGGUAGAAGCAUCUGAAAUUAUUACUGUUUAUCCUGUAAUUCCAUUGGGAAUCACUGUAGAUCAAGAUUUAGUUCUUUAUGCCCAGGAAGUGCACCAGUGGGCUAUAAUUAAGCAUGCAAGAUGGGUAACAAUUAAUGUGAAAGGAUGUCAACACCAUAAGAAUCUAGGAUUUGUUUGUGAAGAUGAUAGUUUGGAAUCCCAUCACGAUUGCUUUUCUCUCAAAAUGAUUAAUGUAUCUUCUUGCUCUUUCAUGCUAAGAAAUGAAUCAAGUUCAACUAUUGUAUAUUCUGGACAUGGGUGCAUGUGCCUUAGAACAUUUUGUGAUUAUGUUGUUAUUGAUAAGUAUUAUAUACAACCUAUGUUAAGAUAUAUCAAUAGAUGCUUUUGUGGUAUUGAGGAAAUAGUAGGAUGUGAUUUUUCAUUUAAAGUCCCUGUAUGGACCAUCCAGAGAAUAUUAGUUAAUCCAGAUUUGUUUCAACACCUCAAACCCAUUGUAUUAGGUUACGGCCUAGUUGAUCUCCAGAAGUUACUUUCUCAUCCUGUUACAGAAACAAUUAGAAGCAGUUAAACAAAUGGGAGAGCAAGCUACACUCCAGAUAACACAUGAUUGUCAUGCAAUCACUAAUAUCGCAGCUAAGAUUAAAAAGAUAGGGGCACACAGAUGGUGGGAUUCUCUCUUUGGCUGGGGAGAAGGCGCCAAAGGAGGUUUAACCCUUAUAAUGCACCCCAUUGUGGUGAUUUUGAUAUUUCAAAUAAUUCUGGUCUUUGUCUUAAUGGCCCUUGUAAUAUGGAUCCGAUCCCAAAUGGCACAAAUAUACCAGAGGGAAGUAAGCAUUAGAGCCAAGGGCAAGACUAAGAAGUCUAAGGUGUGAAAAGACAUCUGAAUAAGUAUAUACAGAUGCUUUCCAAUGGGGGAGAUUGUUACGAGGCAGGGCAAUGGAGCCUGCUAAACUACAAUUCCCACCCCACACCCCCACCUAAUGGUAUGGCUGGUUAUGCUUUCCCACGAGGUUCUGUGCGAUGAGUAACAAGGGCAGAAAUUAAGAUACAAACUAAAGCUACAGCAUAAAUGUUCUGCAUAAUUGUUAUCUUGUUCUUUGGCAAAUUUCCCUCAUUCACAGUGAAUCCCAUUGUUUGUUAGGAGCUUUAGUUUUCAGGGUCAGUUAGAGAUACACACACACAUACACAACAUCACCAGACUUUCAUACCCUCCUUGGCAGGAGGGGGAGAGAGGAAAAAAAUAUUUUAAAACCGAGGCUUGAAGGUAGAAAAAAGGAGGGAGGAGAGGAAGAAAGAGAAAGGGGGGCUGAGAAACACCAGAGCUUCGACACACGUGUACGACACUCUCAAGGAACGCAUCAAGGACUGCAGGGACAGAACCGGGGAGACUCUGGGUCUCGGUGCAAAACCUUGAGACCAAGAGAUUCCUUCCUGGUUUUGGAUCAGAGCUCUUCCACAUAGCUUCAGCUGUAUUCAGCCGCCCACUCAGGGCAUAGGAUAGGUAAUCUCUCUCUUACCUUUCACCUCUUAUAGUAAUAGGGUCCUUUGAUUUCUUUAGUUUAAAGUUAUGAAUGGGUUAGGAUAUUAAUGAUAAAUGCUGCCACGCACCCAAGUAAUUCUGUAAUGCUUUCCUACCUACUCUUUCUCUCAAUAAAA